CAGGAAAUGGGCACGUGAUGACGUCCACACGAGAAAUAAAAUAAAAUAACCGCGAUGUCGGAAUCGACGUUGCCAACUCGACCGAGACGCAAACAAGCUGUGCCUCUAAAGUACGAAGGCAGCGGCGACGACUCGGACGAUGACCUGCCCAGUGACAUACUAGACAUUGACUUUACUCCCACGCCUAGAAGUGCCUCGUCGAACAAUUCACAAGCAAGGCAGAAACGGUCCCAAGGCCAGAAAAGGCUGCUCGUCAAGCUCAAGAUUAAAAGGGGUGGCAGCAAGGGAGCUUAUGUGGAGCGCGCCGACGAUGAAACUUUCUCACCCCGGGCUGCGAGGGCGCAGAAGCGCAGGAAAAAGCGCGCUGCUUCCUCGAGGAAGUCCAACUCCCGCAAGAGCCAAAUCAAAAGCCCAAACGCCACCACCGCCCAAGGAUACGAGAGCAGUCGCACGCCGAAAGGACUCAAGAAAGAGAUUGUCUCCUACGCUCGAGCUAACACGGUUGACCAAGCUGCGAAAAAGUUUAGAGUGCCAGUGCACAAAGUCAAGCACUGGUUGAAAGCUGACCAGAACGUAGCACCCCCGCCAGCCCCAAAACCCGAGGUUAAAAGAACCUGCAGUGUUCCUCCCGACCCCUUCCCGGCCUCUUUCAAGUUUUUCUCCAUUGCUGUGGCCGAGGAGAAAAGUGUCAAGGAAGCCAGCAUGCUACUUUCUGUUGACGAAAGCCUCAUGGAACACUGGGUGAAAGGGAAGCGGGAAAUAAGCCAGAAAGUAAACUCUGAGAACAUUCCGCAGUGGGAGACAGAUGUGUUUGUUGGUGUCCGAAGAGACGCACUUGCGGGCCACGAAAUAAGUGUGUCCGAUCUAAUGUUCAGGGGCGAGUCGCUAAAGGUGGACGAGACAAAGAUCGACUUGCAGUGGGCGCAGCGAUGGUGUGAGCGAUUUGGAGUGCUGUUCAAGGGAACUUCUCCGCCUAAGUGGGAGCUGAAUGAAGUAACUCUGCUGCAGUUGCCUCCAGAAAUGACAUGUUUUACGCCAUGUGUGAGGCCAAGAGCAAAAGAAACGUCCCCUGCAGCACCGCCAUCACCACCACCAGCAUCACCGCCACCUGCUCCUCCAACACCUCCUCCCCCACUAGUAAGGCAAAGACGAUCGAGACCAAGAGGUGCGAGUGAAAUCGAUCUGGAGCUGUGGACAUGGUACAAGAAAAUGCAAAAGAAAGGCCGAAAGCUCACGAAAGCUAUCGUGUGCGCUCGUGCUCAGCGUCUGUCCCAGAAACACGGUCAUCCCGAGUUCAGAGCAGGCGACGGUUGGCACCGAGCGUGGAAGCGACGCUGUGAGCAAAUGUAUCCGCAGGACUUUUCUGCAGAGGAAGAGGAAGUGGACGUUGAAGACGAAUCGAGCACGGCUUCACAUGGUCAUGCUGAGAGUCAAGAUUCAACCGAGAAAUCAGAUGCCACUGUAGCUCCCGCCAAAGAACAGAGCCAAGAAAAACAUCAUCAGCCCAGUGCUACAGACCAAGAACAAGGUGGCAUGGAUCAACACGCCGCUGCUGCUUCCCGUUUCUGCCGAGUCCCAAGCCAUGGUUUCCCCUUGCCCAGUCCUCCAUCCAUCUUUGCGCCAUCUCACCACAUGCAUCCCGUAACUACAUCAGUCCAACUGCCGAGAGAAAUGAGAAAUACUCCUGGAGCCCCCAUCUUGUGCAACCUCCACUUGAUAGAGGUAGCUGUCACGGCGCUACACUGUGUAAUCCACACUACACUCCAGUUAUGUAGCCAAUCUCAGCAGCACGCACAGCACGCGGGCCCUCCGUAUUCUACUCCAGACAUGGGAUUGGACCCUCAGCGCCUCUCGCGCCCGUUCUACCAACUUCAUCAAAUGACACCACCGCCUGUCCAGAACAGUCACAUGUUCUACGGCUCGUAUUGGACAGACCAGACUCAUAUGAGAGGCAGUGAGAUGCACAAAGGGGAUGGCAGGCAGCCUGUUGCUCCUCCAUUUUAUGAUGGCUAUGCCAAUUAUGACCAUGCCAUGACGCCUGCGUGCACCUUGGAAGUGUCUAACCAACCCUACACAGACUAUGGGCAGUCGUCGUCAGCCCCUCCUGCUGUGGAGAGUACCAGCAGCAACAACAGCAGCAAUGCUGCUUCACAGAAAAAGAAGAACGAGCGAUACCUGCCCGACUUCAAGUUGCAGGUUGUCAAGUAUGCCUUGCAGUCAACGUUUAAAAAGACUGCCGAGCACUUUGGUCACCAUUCAACAGUAGCUGAAUGGUGCCGUGACCGGGAGAAGUUGGAGCGGCUUUUCCCGCAUGAGAAAGGCAGCCUCAUCAAGAGCACAGAGUCCUCCACCGUAUCUCCUGCAGAGCAAAUGUUCAUAACGUGGCUUAAUGACUGCAAUGCAACAAACGCGAAGCUAGAUGCUGCUCAGGUGAAGGAAAAGGUGAAAGAAAUCAUUCGAUACUUUGGAGAAGACCAAGUUAGAACAAACUGCCGUUGGUUGUACGUGUGGCACAAGAAGCGACUUGAAAUGGAACAAAUGAUUGAGGACCUUCCCGAACUGCAGUCUAGUUCAGGGAAGGAAUUCCGUAUUGCAUUUCCUCCCGCUGUCAAGCUAGAAAUCGUCAAGGUAGCCGAGAGGCUCAAGUUCAGUGAGGCCUCAAAGUACUUUCAGAUUGAUCGAAACAGUUUAUCAGACUGGAGCAAGACCCAGGAAAAACUCAAGGCAAUGGUCAAAGAAGGCAAAGUGCGAAAAAAGGAGGUGUCAAAAAGUAAAAAGGCCUUGGAGGCUGAAAAAGAGGUAUACCAGUGGUACCAGCAGUGCAGAAGCAGUGGCUUCAAGCCAGGGCCUAACGAAGUCCGUGCCAAAGCAGCAGAAACUUACCGAAAGUACGGUGACACUACAAUGAAAUGCAGCAUUGGCUGGUACUCUAGAUGGUCCCGACGUUUUGGCAUACAGCUGCGAUAUGAAAAGGACGAUGAGAUUCUCGAGUGGGUCUUAGCUCAAUUGGAGCAAAACCGCAGCGUUACGCACAAUGAGAUCCAGACACGUGCCAUAGCAACUUUAUCUCAAACAAGAGCAGGUUUCAAGUGCUCUGCAGGUUGGCCUAUUCGGUUUUGUAAGCGGCAUCAGGCUCUUUUGCAGAAGAUGCCUACACUAGACACCCCACUUCCAGCGGUUCUCGAACAGAAGAUAUCCUCCUUCCGACUGGAAGUACAGAGGCUCCAGGAGCAGUGCGGUGUGACCAGCGCAGCUAUUGGCGCCAUGGACGAAGUGCCUCUCUAUUUCUCCUCCGGUGCAGGUGGUGGGACAGGCACAGGUUCACUGCUUGUUCGCCGGUGCGGCUUCGAGCAGUCACAGGCCAUCGUGUUUCUCUCCUGUCUUUCCGACGGCGGCGUCUUGCCACCUCUCGCUGUUCUCAAAGGCUCCAGCAGUGCAUCGGAAGUCAAUGGCAUGUUCGUCCUCUGUCAGGAGGAAAUGAAAGUUGACAGGAGUACUGUCGAAUACUGGGCGGACCACGUCUGGGGCCGUUUUGUGCCAUCGCCAAGCUUCCUCAUUUUGGAUUCGUUUGAGCCACACAACGAGUUCGCUGCCUCGGCUGGCAGCGACAUCAAGGUGGCCAUAACACCACCGGCUUGCUCGUCACAGACUCACCCCGUUUUUGUUUGGUUAAGACGGAAGUUCCAGGCCUUAGUCAACAAGAUGUCAGUUGACAGGGGUUCUUCAAGAAGCAUACCAACAGUCCAAGAGAUGUUGGAGUGCAUUGCAGCAGCCUGGCGCCAUUUGCAAGCCACGAGCCACGAAGCAGUGCAGAAAAGCUUUGCAGUUACUGGUACCCUACUCACUGGAGAUCCCAAUGAGGAUGACAUGGUCGGCAGAGCAGAGCUUCUGCCGGAUGUGGACGAAGAAGACUUUACAUAACUUCAAAAACUGGUGGAGCGUCGUUGUCCUUGACUUGUUGCAAUCGGCUGCGGUUAAUUUAACCACUAUGGGGCCUGCACGAUUGGUUAGAUGACUGAAGUUUAGAGAAGUGGCCUUUCAAGAGGUUGUACUUUGGUCAUUUGCGCUUACCUUAGGAAUUGUGUUAUGUGCUGCUUGCUAUCCUACAAUGCGUUCUUGGUACAGUCGAACCCAUUUGUUAGAGACGCUGAUGUAACAGACAAAUGGGUAUAACACACACUUGAGAAGGUGCACACACUUGAGAAGGUGUAUACGGGGUGCCCUGCUUAUAAGACGCACCUUAUAUAAAGCACAGGAA